CCUCUCUGAACUAUCGCUCUCUCGUAGCACAACCACAAGUCAAGAGGAAAUCCAAAAUCACUGCUUCAAGGAAACUACAACUGAAGAGCUUAAUGCUGCAGAUCGCCAAGCAAGAACUGGAGAGGGAAGCUGAAGAACGUGCAGAGGAGAAGGAGCGCUACUUGACGCAACGCUGUGAACCUCUGCAGCUGUCGGGAUUCUCCCUGGUUGAGCUCCAGGACCUCUGCAAGCAGCUCCAUGCAACGGUUGAUGUGGCAGAUGAAGAGAGGUAUGACCUGGAAGCCAAAGUCAGCAAGAAUGUGCAGGAGAUUGAGGAUCUUAACCAGAAGAUCUUCGAUCUACGAGGGAAAUUCAAGCUUCCUCAACUCCGCAGAGUGCGUAUGUCUGCUGAUGCCAUGCUUCGUGCUCUCCUGGGCUCCAAGCAUAAAGUAUGCAUGGAUCUGCGAGCAAAUCUGAAGCAGGUUAAGAAAGAUGAUGUCGAAAAGGAGAUCCGGGAAGUGGGUGAUUGGAGAAAGAACAUUGAUGCCAUGGCUGGAAUGGAGGGCAGGAAGAAGAAAUUUGAAUUUAGCUUGUCUGGGCAAGCUUAAGCUGAAUUUUCAAAGGUAA